AUGGAUCCCAUUUCCAAUGGUAUGCACAUCCAGAUGCCGGUGCCGGACCAACAAUCCUCCUCUCGCGAGGCGUCACCACCGCCGAGCGUUGCCGGUAAGCCGCCUGUGGACAAGACGCUGUCGAGCGCGUCGGACCUGCUGAAGCUGCUGCCGACUGGCACGGUGCUGGCGUUCCAGGCCCUGGCGCCGUCCUUCAGCAACCACGGCGUCUGCCACGCGGCCAACCGGUACCUAGUCCUGGCGCUCGUCGGCGGCUGCGCCAUAUCCUGCGUCCUCCUCUCCUUCACGGACAGCCUCGUCGGCCGCGACGGCAGGCUCUACUACGGCGCGGCAACGUUCUGGGGCUUCUACCCCUUCAACUUCACCGGCACGCGCGCCGAGCGGGAAGCGGUGUUCAAGGACCUCUGCAGGUACCGGGUGACGCCCAUGGACUUCGUGCACGCCAUCUUCUCCGCAGUCGUCUUCCUCGCCGUCGCGUUCGCCGACGCCAGCAUACAGAGCUGUCUGUUCCCGGACGCCGGGCCGGACUUGAGGGAGCUACUGGUGAACUUGCCUCUUGCCGCUGGCUUCCUCGCUAGCAUGGUGUUCAUGAUCUUCCCCACUACCAGGAAGAGUAUUGGCUACACGGACAUGAUGCCACACUCGCACUAA